UCUGAGCCUUCGGUCCACUAGGGCGGCCCAGCUUCCCGCAGCCCAGCAACCGCGCCCGAACUCUGGAGAAACGGGGGGCCCUAGAUACACGCACAAGCCGGACCUGACGUUUGCUUGCCUGGUUGUCCCCGAAAGCUGCAAGAGCUGGACCAGGAGAGGCGGAGAGAGAAUUUCUCAGUUUAUUUAAAGACUGGUCUUGAAAGAAGAGAUUCAAUCUUUGGAAGCUGAUUUCUCACCGAUUUCUGCCAUUACCAGGAUUUUCAUUAUGACUGGACAUAUCUAGAGGCAUCAGGAUGUUUGCUGGCGGGGCCUAGUGCAGUUGCCUUGGGUGACAAGUUGUCGGGUCACUUUCAUGCUUUGGGAGGAAAUAUGGCAGCCUCCAGGACAGCCUCAAGGACCCCUAGGUCUCCUCGGGACAUCGCUAAUGUGAUGCAAAGGCUGCAAGAUGAGCAAGAGAUUGUACAAAAACGCACUUUCACAAAAUGGAUCAACUCUCAUCUGGCCAAGCGCAAACCCCCCAUGGUGAUAGAUGACCUCUUUGAAGACAUGAAGGAUGGUGUUAGACUACUCGCUCUUCUAGAAGUCUUGUCAGGGCAGAAACUGCCUUGUGAACAAGGACGUCGCUUGAAAAGGAUCCAUGCGGUGGCAAACAUCGGCUCAGCACUUAGGUUUCUUGAAGGAAGGAAGUCCAUUUACAGAGGAUCACCGAUAAAAUUAGUCAACAUUAACGCCACAGAUAUAGCUGAUGGUCGACCUGCAAUAGUCCUGGGAUUGGUGUGGACCAUUAUUCUCUAUUUCCAGAUCGAGGAGUUGACCAGUAAUCUACCACAGCUACAGUCUUUGUCCAGUAGUGCUUCCUCCGUGGACAGCAUCGUCAGCUCUGAGACAGCCAGUCCCCCCAGUAAAAGAAAAGUUGGCACCAAGAUCCAGGGAAAUGCUAAGAAGGCUUUAUUAAAGUGGGUUCAGUUCUCAGCAGCCAAGCAAAUUGGAAUAGAAGUGAAGGACUUUGGGCGGAGUUGGCGAAAUGGCAUCGCCUUUCAUUCAGUCAUCCAUGCUAUCCGGCCUGAGCUAGUGGAUUUGGAAAAAGUCAAGGGAAGAUCAAAUCGAGAGAACCUGGAAGAAGCUUUCUCUAUUGCUGAACUGGAACUGGGGAUUCCACGCUUACUAGAUCCAGAAGAUGUCGAUGUGGAUAAACCAGAUGAGAAGUCUAUCAUGACUUAUGUGGCCCAGUUCCUGAAACAAUAUCCAGAAAUUUACAACACAGGCAGUGAUGAGCUGGAGAAUGAUGAAAUAUUAUCAACCUUUCCAUCUUUUGCAAAUCAUGUUUCUUAUUUAAAGAGAGAAGAAAGGAUAGUUUUGAAGGAAAUGAAAGUUUGGAUUGAUCAGUUUGAAAGAGAUUUGACAAGGGCCCAGGUUGCAGAAUCAAAUUUACAGGAUAAAUAUAAGUCAUUUAAACACUUCAGAGUUCAAUAUGAGAUUAAAAGAAAACAGAUUGAACAUUUACUGCAACCCUUACAGAGAGAUGGUAAACUGUCCCUUGACCAAGCUUUGGUGAAACAGUCCUGGGAUAGAGUGUCUUCUAGGCUCUUUGAUUGGCAUAUACAGCUUGAUAAAUCUCUGCCUGCACCUCUGGGUACCAUAGGUGCCUGGUUAUACAGAGCAGAGGUGGCUCUGAGAGAGGAAAUAGCUAUUCAGCAGGCUCAUGAGGAAACAGCCAACACAAUACAAAGAAAGCUUGAGCAGCACAAGGAUCUGCUUCAAAACACAGAUGCCCACAAAACAGCCUUCCAUGAAAUCUACAGGACCAGAGCUGUUAAUGGGAUCCCAGUGCCUCCUGAUCAGCUGGAGGACAUGGCUGAGAGGUUUCAUUUUGUUUCCUCCACAUCAGAGCUACACUUAAUGAAAAUGGAAUUUCUAGAAUUAAAGUACCGUCUGCUCUCACUGCUGGUUCUUGCAGAGUCAAAGCUGAAGUCCUGGAUCAUUAAGUAUGGGAGGCGAGAGUCAGUGGAGCUGCUACUGCAAAACUACGUUUCUUUUAUAGAGAAUAGCAAGUUCUUUGAACAAUAUGAAGUGACAUACCAGAUCUUGAAACAGACAGCUGAGAUGUACAUCAGAGCUGAUGGCUCAGUGGAAGAGGCCGAGAAUGUGAUGAAAUUCAUGAAUGAUACCACUGUUCAAUGGAAGAAUCUCUCCGUGGAAGUUAGGAGUGUCCGGAGCAUGCUGGAAGAAGUAAUCGCCAACUGGGAUCGAUAUGGUGACACAGUGGAUAGUCUUCAAGCCUGGCUAGAGGAUGCUGAAAAAAUGCUGAACGAAUCAGAACUUGCCAAAAAGGAUUUUUUUCGAAAUUUGCCUCAUUGGAUUCAGCAACACACAGCUAUGAAUGAUGCUGGUAACUUUCUCAUUGAAACAUGUGAUGAGAUUGUGUCCCGAGAUCUAAAACAGCAAUUACUCCUGCUUAAUGGACGAUGGAGGGACUUGUUUAUGGAAGUCAAACAAUAUGCUCGUGCUGAUGAAAUGGACAGAAUGAAGAAAGAAUAUACUGAUUGUAUCAUGACUCUCACUAAUUUUGCAACUGAAGCCCAGAGGAAAAUUUCAGAACCCUUCGAUGUCUCUUUUAUGAAUGUCAAGUUGUUUACUCAAGACUUGGAGGAUAUUGAGCAGAGGGUGCCUGUGAUGGAUGCUCAGUACAAGAUGCUCACAAAGACAGCACACCUCAUUACCAGAGAGAGCUCUCAAGAGGAGGCCAAGGAAAUGUUGACAACCAUGACAGGACUCAAAGAGCAGCUCUCCAAGGUCAAAGAACAUUGCACCCCACUCCUUUAUGAGUCUCAGCAGCUUUUGACGCCAUUGGAGGAACUAGAAAAGCAGAUAACUUUCUUCUAUGAGUCACUUGGGAAAAUCAAAGGAAGUAUCCAUGUUCUUGAGCACGAGGCCCAAUCCAGUGCUCUUUUCAAACAAAAGCAUCAGGAACUAUUAGCUUGUCAAGAAGCCUGUAAGAAGACUAUGACCUCAAUAGAUAAAGGAAGUCAAAGUGUCCAGAAAUUUGUGACCUUGAGCAAUGUGUUAAAGCAUUUUGACCAAACAAAGCUUCAGAGGCAGAUAGCAGAAGUCCAUGUUGCUUUUCAGGAUAUGGUCAAGAAAACUGGAGAUUGGAAGAAACAUGUAGAAACCAACAGUCGUCUGAUGAAGAAAUUUGAGGAGUCUAGAGCUGAAUUGGAAAAGGUGCUGAGGAUUGCUCAGGAGGGUUUGAAGGAAAAGGGUGACCCAGAGGAGCUCCUGAAGAAACACACUGAAUUUUUCAGUCAGCUGGAUCAGAGAGUACUUAAUGCUUUUCUGAAAGCUUGUGAUGAGCUCACUGACAUUCUGCCAGAACAGGAGCAGCAAGGCCUGCAGGAAGCUGUGAGGAAGCUCCAUAAGCAAUGGAAGGAUCUUCAAGGAGAGGCUCCCUAUCAUUUGCUUCAUCUGAAGAUUGAUGUGGAGAAGAAUAAAUUCUUAGCUUCCGUCGCAGAAUGCAGAGAUGAGUUGGAUCGGGAGACCAAGAUGGUGUCCCAGGAAGGGAGUGAAAAGCUUCUUAAAGAGCACAGGAUUUUCUUCAGUGACAAAGGCCCUCAUCAUCUCUGUGAGAAAAGGCUACAGCUAGUGGAAGAACUGUGCCUGAAACUCCCUGUCCGGGAUCCAGUCAGGAACACCCCUGAAAUUUGUCAGGCAACCCUCAAAGAGCUUCGGGAAGCCAUCGGCAGCACCUAUACACAGCUAAUGAGUGACCCAGACAAGUGGAAGGAGUUUACUAGCAGAAUGUCUGACUUCUCUUCUUGGAUAUCUGCUAAGGAGACACAAUUGAAGGAAAUUGAGAGCGAAGCCAUUGAUACCUCCAAACAUGGAGAGGUGAAACGGUCUGUGGAGGAUAUAAGAAAUGAUGUUACCAAAAAAGGGGAGACACUCAGUUGGUUGAAAUCCAGGCUUAAAACCUUGACUGAAGUUUCUUCUGAGAAUGAAGCUCAAAGGCAAGGGGAUGAGCUGGCAAAAGUCUCUAGUUCCUUCAAGGCUCUCGGUAUCUUGUUAUCAGAGGUUGAAAAGAUGUUGAGCAACUUUGGGGAUUGUGUCCAGUACAAAGAGAUUGUCAAAAGUUCCCUUGAAGAUUUAAUUUCUGGCUCCAAGGAAGUUCAGGACCAAGCUGAGAAGAUCUUGGACACUGAAAACUUAUUUGAAGCCCAGCAAUUACUGCUCCAUCACCAGCAAACGACAAAGAGGAUCUCUGCAAAGAAGAGGGAUGUGCAGCAGCAAAUUGCACAGGCUCAGCAGGGAGAGAAGGGGCUUGCUGGAGGAGUUCGGGAGGAGCUUCAGCAGCUGGAGAGCACCCUGGAUGACAUGGAACACAACAGAGAGAAGCAGGAACGCCGCAUCCAAGUUACAUUAAGAAAAUGGGAACGUUUUGAAACCAAUAAAGAAACUGUGGUCAGGUACCUAUUUCAAACAGGCUCCAGCCAUGAGCGCUUCUUGAGUUUUAGCAGUUUGGAAAGCUUAUCUUCAGAAUUGGAACAGACAAAGGAAUUUUCUAAAAGAACAGAAGCUAUUGCCGUGCAGGCUGAGAAUCUUGUGAAGGAAGCUACUGAGAUACCACUUGGUGCCAAGAAUAAGCAGUUACUUCAGCAGCAAGCCAAGUCAAUCAAAGAGCAAGUAAAAAAACUAGAAGACACACUUGAAGAAGAUAUUAAAACCAUGGAAAUGGUGAAAAGCCAAUGGGAUCAUUUUGACAAUAAUUUUGAGAUCUUGUCCACCUGGAUAACUGAGAAAGAAAAAGAACUCAAUGCCUUGGAAGCUUUGCCAUCUGCUUUGGACAUGCAAAUCAACCAAAUCAAGGUCUUAAUUCAGGAAGUAGAAAGUAAGAUCUGCAACAUUACAGGACUAGAGGAAGAAGCUCAAUCUUUUGCCCAGUUUAUUACAACUGGAGAAUCUGCUCGAAUUAAAGCCAAGUUGACCCAAAUAAGAAGGUACUGGGAAGAGCUCAGAGAACAUGCCAUGGGUCUAAAAGAAGAGAUUCUGGGUCAUUUAUCUCAACAGCAGAAGUUUGAAGAGAAUCUUCACAAGAUCCUACAGUCUGUGUCUGAAUUUGAAGAAAAACUUGCCAAUCCAAUUAAAAUGUGUUCUUCAGCUACAGAAACAUAUAAAGUUCUUCAAGAACAUAUGGAAAUCUGUCAGGCUCUGGAAUCCCUGGCCAGUGCAGUAGCUGCUGUCUCUGCCAGUGCCCGCAAGGUCCCUAAAAGAGAUUCCUCAUUGCAGGAGGCUGAGGAGCUGCAGCAGAGAUACCAGCGGAUACUAAGUCAGGCUAAGGAGAGGCAAAUGGUGCUGGAGAAGCUGCUAGCCCACUGGCAGAGGCUAGAGAAAGAACUGUCAGAUUUUCUGACCUGGCUUGAGAGGUGUGAAGCCAUAGCCAGUUCCCCAGAGAUGGACAUUUCCGCAGACAGAGCCAAAGUGGAGAGUGAACUUCAGUUAACACAGGCACUGCAAAAUGAAGUUGUAUCCCAGGCAUCAUCAUACAGCAAUCUUUUGCAACUGAAGGAAACACUCUUCUCUAUGGCCACUAAAGAUGAUAUCAAGAUGAUGAAACUACAUUUGGAGCAGUUAGAUGAGCGAUGGAGAGAUUUGCCACAAAUCAUUAGCAAAAGGAUUAAUUUUCUUCAGUCUGUGGUUGCUGAACACCAGCAAUUUGAUGAACUGCUGCUUUCUUUCUCUGUCUGGAUUAAAUUGUUUCUCAGUGAAUUACAAGCAUCGUCUGAGAUAAAUAUGAUGGACCAUCAUUCAGCUCUUACUCGGCACAAGGACCAUGCAGCUGAGGUGGAGAGCAAAAAGGGAGACCUGCAGAGGUUGCAGGCUCACUUGGCCAAGCUGAGUGCCCUGGGACGGGCCCAGGAUCUCCACUUGCUGCAGGGCAAGGCCGAAGACUGUUUCCAGCUCUUUGAAGAUGCCAGCCAGGUGGUGCAGAGGCGGCAGCGUGCCCUGAAGCAGCUGGCCGAGUUCCUGCACAGCCAGUCCUCCCUGGCAGGGCUUCUGCAGCGGCUGAGGCAGACGGUGGAAACCACUCACAGGAUGAACCGGGCACAGUCGGCCUUGUUGCAGAAGGACUUUGACGAGGCAGUUCGGGAGGUGAAGGCCUUGGAGUCGGUUGCUAUCGGAAUGGACAGCAUGCUCACCAAAGCCCAAUUCCAUCUGAAAAGUGGUGCUGAGCCCAGGACCUCCUGCAGAAUGGCUGCAGAUCGGCUCAGUCAGGAGCUCGAGAGCAUUCAGAACCUGCUGGGGACCAAGCAGAGCGAGGCUGAUGCCCUGGCUGCCUUGAAAAGAACUUUCCAGCGCCAGGGAGAGGAACUGCUGAAAAGCCUCGAGGACAUCGAAGAAAGGGCCGAUCAAGAACAGCUGAAGCAACCCACCCGCCAAGCUCUCCAGCAGAGGUUGAGAGUCUUUAAUCAGCUGGAAGAUGAAUUGAAUUCUCAUGAACAUGAAUUGUGCUGGCUGAAAGACAAAGCUAAGCAAAUUGCCCAGAAAGAUGUGACUUUUGCUCCUGAAGUUGAUAGGGAGAUAAACCGCUUACAGGUCAUGUGGGAUGAUACCAUAAAACUCAUUCAUGAAAACCAGGGUCAAUGCUGUGGGCUUAUUGACUUAAUGAGAGAAUAUCAAAAUUUCAAGUCAUCAGUAUUAAAAGUUCUAGAAAACGCCAGCAGUGUGAUUUCCUUCAGAACUACAAUAAAAGAUCAGGAAGAUCUUAAAUGGACUUUAUCCAAGCAUGAAACUGCCAGGAAUGAAAUGUAUAAUGAACAAAAAGAGUUGGAUAACUUUACCAGAAAAGGGAAACAGUUGUUAUCUGAGCUGAAAAAAAUUCACAGUAGUGAUUUCAUCUUGGUGAAAGCAGACAUGGAAAGCACUGUGGACAGAUGGUUGGAUAUCUCUGAAAAAAUCGACGAGAACAUGGACAGGCUAAAAGCCGGCCUGUCCAUUUGGGACGAUGUUCUUUCAGGUAAAGAUGACAUUGAUGGAUGGUCAAACACUUCUGUUCCACAGCUCACCCACAGCAUCAACAAUCUUGACAAUAGUCUCAGAGCAGAAAAAUUUCUUAAGGAAUUUGAGUCUGAAGUGAAAAGCAAAGCAUUAAAAUUGGAAGAGCUCCACUCUAAAGUAAAUGAUCUCAAAGAGUUAACUAAAAAUCCAGAAACACCACCAGACCUUCAGUUUAUAGAAGCAGACUUAAGGCAAAAACUUGAGCACGCCAAAGAAAUUACUGAAGAAGCAAAGGGAACUUUGAAAGACUUCACUGCUCGGAGCACUCAAGUGGAGAAAUUUAUCAAUGAAUUAACAACCCAGCUGACAAAACUAGAAGAAGCAUUGAUGAACUGUGUCCAAACUCAGACGUGUGAAGGACUGAAGAAAGUGAAGGAAAUACAAAAAGAACUUCAAAGUCAACAAAGCAGAAUCAGCUCAACCCAAGAAAAUCUCAACGGCCUGUGCCGAAAGUACCACUCAGUGGAACUGGAGAAGCUGGGCAAUGCACUGAUGGGGCUGAUCAAGAAGCAAGAAGCCGUGAGCCAACUGUGUUCUCGAACACAGGCCAGCCUGCAGGAUUCUUUGGAGAAACACUUCAACGAAUCAAUGCAGGAAUUCCAGGAUUGGUUUUCUGGAAUAAAAGCAACAGCCAAAACAUCAUCAGAUAGAACUGGUGACAGCAAAGUUCUAGAAGCAAAGCUCCAGAAUUUUCAGAACAUUCUGGACUCAGUGAGUGAUGGGCAGAGCAAGCUGGAUGCUGUGACUCAAGAAGGACAAACAUUGUAUGCACAUCUGUCUAAACAAAUUGUCAGUAGUAUUCAGGAACAAAUUACCAAAGCUAAUGAAGAAUUCCAAGCAUUCUGGAAGCAAUGCCUUAAAGAUAGACAGGCUCUACAGGACUGUGCAUUAGCACUUGGGAGUUUUGAGGAUCAACACAGAAAACUGAACUUAUGGAUACAUGAAAUGAGUGAAAGAUUAAAUACAGAAAACUUAGGAGAGAGUAAACAGCACAUUCCAGAGAAGAAAAAUGAAGUCCAUAAAGUUGAAAUGUUUCUGGGCGAGUUACUGGCUGCAAGAGAGUCCCUUGAUAAGCUUUCCCAGCGAGGACAACUCCUUAGUGAAGAGGGCCGUGGCGGCGGGAAAGAGGGACGCCUGUGCUCCCAGAUUCUUGCUCACUACCAGAACUUGCUCAGAAUGACCAAGGAGAAGCUCCGGGGCUGCCAGCUGGCCCUGCAGGAGCAUGAGGGGCUGGAGGAGGCCCUGCAGAACAUGUGGUCCUGGGUGAAAGGCGUGCAAGACAGACUGGCCUGUGCAGAGAGCACAACCGGAAGUAAAGGCACCUUGGAAAAAAGACUUGUCCAAGUGCAGGAUAUUCUCCUGAUGAAAGGAGAAGGAGAAGUUAAGCUGAAUAUGGCAAUUGGCAAAGGGGAACAGGCCUUGAGAAGUAGCAACAAAGAGGGUCAGAAGGUGAUUCAGACUCAGUUACAGACCCUCAAAGAAGUGUGGACUAACACCAUGAGCUCUGUGGUCUAUGCUCAAAGCACUUUGGAGUCUGUGGUCAGUAAAUGGAAUGACUAUCUGGAUCAGAAAAACCAGUUGGAGCAGUGGAUGGAGUCUGUGGAUCAGGAAGUAGAGCAUCCCUUGGAACUGCAACCGGGGCUGAAAGAGAAGUUUGCCCUUCUGGACCACUUUCAAAGCAUCGUAUCUGAAGCAGAUGAGCACAUGGGAUCCUUGAACUGCCUCACUGCCAAGGCCAGAGAGCUUUUUGAGAAGACUGAAGAUGAAUCUCUGAAGGAAACAACUCAGGAGGAACUGAAAACACAGUUUAAUGACAUAACCACUGUAGCCAAGGAGAAGAUGCGGAAAGUAGAAGAACUUGUAAAAGAUCACCUCAUGUAUUUAGAUGCAGUACAGGAAUUUACUGAUUGGCUCCAUUCGGCGAAGGAAGAACUUCAUCGGUGGUCAGACAUGUCUGGAGACUCACCAGCCAUCCAAAAAAAAUUGUUGAAGAUUAAGGAGCUGAUGGAUUCCAGAGAGAUUGGGGCAAGCCGCCUAAACCGAGUGGAGUUGCUGGCCCCAGCAGUGAAACUGAACACAAGUGCCAGUGGGUGUGAGCUUCUGGACACAGAGAUGCAGGCACUGAAGGCCGACUGGAAGCAGUGGGGAGACAGCGUCUUCCAGACACAGACCAGCCUGGAGAACCUGGUGAGCCAAAUGGCCCUUUCCGAGCAGGAGUUCGCUGGUCAAGCGGCUCAACUAGAACAAUCUCUAGAGCAGUUCAAAUCCUGUCUGACCACCUGGGCCCAAGAGCUAACCCUUCUGGAAGGCAAGAAAACAGACAAGGAGAUAGUGGAAGGCUGGCAAAAAGGACACGAGAUACUGGAUGCACUACAAGAAGCAGAGCCUAAGACAGAAGAUCUUAAGUCUCAGUUGAAUGAACUUUGUCGAUUUUCCAGAGACCUGAGUUCAUACAGCGGAAAAGUUUCUGGCUUAAUAAAAGAAUAUAAUUGCCUUUGUUUACAAGCUUCCAAGGGCUGUCAGAAUAAAGAGCAGACUUUGCAACAGAGAUUUCGAAGAGCCUUCAAGGAUUUCCAGCAGUGGUUGGUCAGUGCAAAAAUCACUACUGCCAAAUGUUUUGAUAUACCUCAAAAUAUUAGUGAAGUUUCAGCAAGUCUUCAGAAAAUACAGGAAUUUUUGUCAGAAAGUGAAAAUGGUCAACAUAAAUUAAAUAUGAUGUUAUCAAAAGGUGAACAUUUGAGUACUUUGUUAACCAAAGAAAAAGCUAAUGGUAUCCAAGCCAAAAUUGCAACUGCAAAAGAAGAUUGGAAAAAUUUUCAUUCAAAUCUCCACCAAAAGGAAUCUGCUCUAGAGAAUCUCAAAAUCCAAAUGAAGGAUUUUGAAGUCAGUGCGGAGCCACUUCAGGACUGGCUGAGCAAAACUGAGAAGAUGGUUCACGAGAGCAGCAACCGGCUGUAUGACCUGCCAGCUAAGAGGCGGGAACAGCAGAAGCUUCAGUCUGUCCUUGAUGAAAUAAAGUGCUACGAGCCUCAGCUCAACAGGCUCAAAGAGAAAGCUCAGCAGCUGUGGGAAGGACAAGCUGCCAGCAAGAGCUUUAUGCACAGAGUGUCUCAGCUGUCUGCUCAGUAUCUAGCGCUAAGCAACUUAACCAAGGAGAAAGUGUCAAGGUUGGACCGAAUUGUUGCUGAGCACCAGCAGCUCUCACUUGGGAUUAAAGAUCUACAAGACUGGAUGACCGACACUGUUCACAUGCUGGACUCCUACUGUCACCCCACAUCUGACAAGAGUGUUCUGGACAGCCGGAUGCUCAAGCUUGAGGCACUGCUGUCAGUGAAGCAAGAGAAAGAGAUCCAGAUGAAGAUGGUAGUGAGCAGGGGGGAGUCCGUUCUGCAGAACACGUCUUCCGAUGGUGUCCCUGCCCUGCAGCAACAACUCCAGAGCCUGAAGGACAUGUGGGCCUCUCUGCUGUCCACAGGAAUUCGGUGUAAGAGUCAACUUGAAGGAGCACUUUCAAAGUGGACCAGUUAUCAGGAUGAUGUUAGACAGUUUGCCAGCUGGAUGGACAGCAUGGAAGCCAGCCUGGAGGCAUUGGAAAGACAGUAUUCAGAGCUGAGGGAGAAGGCAGCUGCAUUGGGGAAUGCCAAGCUAUUGAAUGAAGAAGUUCUAAGUCACACUAGCUUGCUAGAGACCAUAGAAGCCAAGGGGGCUGCCAUAACAGAGCACUACAUCACCAAGCUGGAAUUUCAGGAACUGCAGGAGCGAUACAGAGUCAUCAAAGAGAGGACCAAGGAAGCUGUGACCAAAUCUGAAAAACGCGUUUGCCUCCACCAAGAGUAUCAGCGAGAUCUGCAGGCCUUUGAAGUUUGGCUGGGGCAAGAGCAAGCAAAACUGGACCGAUACUCAGUUCUUGAAGGAGAUGCCCACACUCAGGAGACAACACUGAGGGAUCUUCAGGAACUGCAAGUUCGCUGUGCUGAGGGCCAGGCUCUGCUGAACUCUGUGUUGCAUGCCAGGGAGAAUGUGAUCCCCUCAGGUCUCCCCCAGACAGAGGAUCGCACUCUGGAGUCUCUCCGGCAGGACUGGCAGACUUACCAGCAGAGAUUGUCUGAGGUCCGGACUCAGUUCAACCAGGUUGUUAACAAACUGCGGCUGAUUGAGAAGAAAUGUCAGCAAGUAGAUGAAUGGCUGAAGCCUCUGGAGGAGAAAGUGAGUCUCAGAACUGGCCGUCAGUCAAACCGGGCUGCCAAGGAGGUGCAACUACAUCAGAUGAAGAAGUGGCAUGAGGAAAUCACCACCUACAGGGAUGAAGUGGAGGAGGUUGGAGCAUGGGCCCAGGAGAUCCUGGAUGAAAGCCACGUGAGCAGCCGCCUGGGCUGCCAGGCCACCCAGCUCACCUCCAGAUACCAGGCCCUUCUUCUCCAAGUGCUGGAACACAUCAAAUUCCUGGAAGAAGAGAUCCAGAGUUUGGAAGAAUCGGAAUUAUCCCUAAGUUCUUAUUCAGACUGGUUCAACUCCACUCAUAAGAAUUUCAAGAAUGUGGCUGUCAAGACUGACAAAGUGGAUAAGGUGGUAAUGGAGAAGAAACUUAAGACUUUGGAGGGCUUGCUGAAUGACAUGGAAAAGGGUCACAGUUUGCUGAAAUCAGCUCGGGAGAAAGGAGAGAGGGCUCUACAGUACUUGGAGAAUGGAGAAGCAGAGAUAUUGAAGCAAGAGAUCCAGGGUCACAUGGAACAGCUGAAAGAGCUCACCAGCACUCUCCGGAAGGAACACAUGACUGUAGAAAAAGGUCUUCAUUUGGCCAAAGAAUUCUCAGAUAAAUAUAAAGCUCUGACUCAAUGGAUAGCAGAAUACCAAGAGAUCCUCUAUACUCCAGAAGAAGCCAAAAUGGAAUUAUAUGAAAAAAAGGCCCAGUUAUCCAAAUACAAGUCACUUCAACAAAUGGUGCUCUCCCAUGAACCAUCUGUAAAGUCCAUGCAAGAGAAAGGAGAAGCUCUUCUGGAACUGGUACAGGAUGUUACUUUAAAAGAAAAAAUUGAUCAACUUCACAGUGAUUAUCAGGCCCUCUGCACUGCAGGAAAGGAACAUGUCUGCAACCUGGAGCUCAAAGUCAAGGACCACGAAGAUUACAAUAGUGAACUCCAAGAGGUAGAAAAGUGGCUGCUACACAUGUCGAGCCGGUUGGUGGCACCAGACCUCAUGGAGACCAGUAGCCUGGAGACCAUCACACAGCAGCUAGCCCACCAUAAGGCUAUGAUGGAAGAAAUUGCUGGCUUUGAAGAACGUUUGGACAAUCUUAAAACAAAAGCUGACAACUUGAUCAGCCUGUGUGCAGACCACCUUCAGGCUAAACUGGAACAGAAUGUUCAGGCACAUCUGCAAGGCACAAAAGAUAGUUACUCCGCCAUCUGCAGCACAGCUCAUAGGGUGUACCAGAGUUUGGAGCAUGAGCUGCAGAAGUAUGUGAGCCACCAAGACACUCUCCAGCAGUGCCAGGUGUGGCUUUCUGCAGUCCAGCCAGAUCUGAAACCAAACUUGCAUCCUCCUCUGAGCAGAGCAGAAACUGUUAAACAGGUCAAACAUUUCAGAGCUUUGCAAGAGCAGGCCAGGACCUACUUAGACCUCCUGUGUUCCAUGUGUGACUUGUCAAACUUUUCCGUGAAAGCCACCGCAAAAGACAUUCAACAAAUAGAACAAAUGAUUGAAGAAAGACUUGCCUGGGCACAGAACCUCACCCAGGGCUGGGAGGAAAUCAAGCGCCUGAAAGCUGAGCUCUGGAUUUAUCUGCAGGAUGCUGAUCAACAGCUGCAGAACAUGAGGAAGAGACAUUCAGAGCUGGAGCUCAAUAUUGCACACAACAUGGUCACCCAAGUCAAGGAUUUUUUAAAGAAACUGCAAAGCAAACAGUCUUCAGUGACAGCUCUUAGAGAAAAAGUGAACAAAUUAACUGAGGAUCAGGAGUCUCCCGAACACAAGGAGAUCAGCCACCUGAAUGAACAGUGGGAAUUGCUUUGUGGUCAGGCCAACACUCUGUGCCAGCAGAGGGAAGAGGAUCUUCAGAGGACAAGAAACUACCAUGAGCACAUGAAUGUGGUAGAAGUCUUCUUAGAAAAAUUCACUAUGGAAUGGGACAGUUUGGCCAGGACCCAUGCAGAGAGCACUACCGUCCACCUGGAGGCCCUGGAAAAGCUGGCAUUGGCGAUGCAGGAGAGGAAGCAGGCUGUGGAUGAGCUGAAGGACCAGAAGCAGAAGAUGAUGGAGCAUCUGAACGUAGAUGACCAGGAGUUAGUCAAGGAGCAGACAAGCCACCUGGAGCAGCGCUGGCUGCAACUCAAGGACCUAGUGAGUAGGAAAAUCCAAACAUCCGUCACCAACCUGGAGGAACUGAACGUGGUCAAGAGCCGGUUUCAGGAGCUAAUGGAGUGGGCAGAGGAGCAGCGGCCCAAUAUUGCUGAAGCCCUUCAGCAGAGCCCACCUCCCGACAUGGCUCAGAGCCUUCUCCUGGACCACCUCGCCAUCUGCAGUGAGCUGGAGGCCAAACAGAUGCUCCUGAAGUCACUGAUCAAGGAUGCCGACCGAGUGAUGGCCGAUCUGGGUCUCAAUGAGCGCCAGGUCAUCCAGAAGGCCCUGUCAGAAGCUCAGGAGCAUGUGAACUGCCUUAGCGACCUGGUAGGCCAGAGACGAAAGUACCUCAACAAGGUCUUAUCUGAGAAAACCCAGUUUCUCAUGACCGUGUUUCAGGCCACCAGCCAAAUCCAGCAACAUGAGCGGAAGAUCAUGUUCCGAGAUCACAUCUGCCUGUUGCCAGAUGAUGUGAGCAAACAAGUAAAAACCUGCAAGAGCGCCCAAGCCAGCCUCAAGACCUACCAAAAUGAAAUCACCAGUCUGUGGGCCCAGGGCCGGGAGUUAAUGAAAGAAAUCACGGAGCCGGAGAAGACUGAGGUGCUGGGGAAACUUCAGGAGCUCCAGAGCAUCUAUGACACUGUUUUACAGAGGUGCAGCCAGCGGCUGCAAGAACUGGAGAAAAGCUUGGUUUCUAGGAAACAUUUUAAGGAAGAUUUCGAGAAAGCUUGCCACUGGCUCAAACAGGCAGACAUUGUCACCUUCCCAGAAAUCAACCUUAUGAAUGAGAGUGCUGAGUUGCAGGUGCAGCUGGCCAGGUACCAACACAUCCUGGAGCAAUCUCCAGAAUAUGAGAAUCUCCUGCUGAUGCUGCAGCGAGCCGGCCAAGCAUUUUUGCCCACACUGAAUGAAGUAGACCAUGCCUACCUCAAUGAGAAGCUCAGGGCCCUGCCCCAGCAAUUCAAUGUCAUCGUUGCCUUGGCCAAAGACAAAUUCUACAAAGUGCAGGAGGCUCUCCUGGCUCGAAAAGAAUAUGCUUCUCUGAUUGAACUGACAGGCCAGUCUUUGAAGGACCUGGAAGAGCAGUUUCUGAAGCUGAGCCGGGUCCCCAGGCAGCUGGCAGUCAAGGAGGCCCUAGAUCUUCAGGAGGACUAUAGGAGCCUCAUGGGGGAAGUGAAUGAUCUGGGGGGCGCCAUGGAUGAGCUGAACCAGAAGAAGGAAAGUUUUCGCAGCACAGGUCAGCCGUGGCAAGCAGACAAGAUGCUGCAGCUGCUUACCUUGUACCAUCGGCUGAAGCGACAGGUGGAGCAAAGGGUGAGCUUCUUAGAAGACACUGCCAGCGCGUACCAAGAGCAUGAGAAGAUGCGUCGCCAGCUAGAGCAGCAGCUGGAGGAUAUCAAGAUGGAGCAGGUUAAAGUCAACGAGGAGACUCUACCGGCGGAGAAGAAGCUCAAAAUGUACCACUCCCUGGCGGGCAGUGUGCAGGACUCGGUGAUUCUGCUGCAGAGAGUGACCAUGCAUUUGGAAGAGCUGCUCCCUAACCUUGACCCAUUAGCCUACGAACAGGCCAAGGGGCAGCUGGAGGCCUGGAGAGAGGAGCUGAAGCGAUUGACUUCAAGCAUGGGCCAGACUGUGAGUGAGUGCGAGAGGCGUGUGGUGCAAAGCCGAGAUUUCCAGACCGAACUGAGCCGCUCCCUGGACUGGCUGAGGAGCGUGGAGGGGGAGCUGAGCGGGCCGCUGGGCCUGGAGCUGAGCCUGCAGCAGCUCCAGGAGGAGAUCAGGAAGAUGCAGAUCCAGCAGGAGGAGGUGCAGUCCCGCCUGCGGAUCAUGAAUGCGCUGAGCGACAACGAGAGGGAGCACGUUGCCACUGCCAAGGACGUGAUUUCGCCCGAUGUGCAGAACACGCUGGCUGAAUUUGUGAAGCUCCAGGGAGUCGUGGCAGAUGCUCUGCGGGCCCGACAGACUACAUUGACCGAAAUAUAUGGUCAAUGUCAAAGGUACUAUCAAGUGUACCAAGCAGCCAGUGACUGGCUGGAGGAUGCCCAGGAAAUGCUGCAGCUCACAGGCCGUGGCCUGGAUGUGGAGAGUGCAGAGGAAAAUCUCAAAAGCCACAUGGAGUUUUUCAGUGCACAGUCUCAGUUUCAGAGUAAUCUAGAGGAACUGCAAGACCUAGUAGUCAACCUGGACCUGCAUAUCAAGCCAAGUGGGAAGGAAGGUCUGGCCCAAAAAACAGCAUCCCUGGAAGAGAAGAGCCAGAGGAUUUUCCAGGACUCAUAUGCCCAAUUAGAGCUCCUACAGAGAUGCACAGUCCAAUGGCAAGAUUACCAGAAAGCCAGAGAGGAACUUAUCACCUUGAUGAAUGAUGCUGAAAAGAAGCUGUCUGAGUUUUCUUUAUUGAAAACUUCUUCUAGUCAGGAGGCAGAAGUGAAAUUGUCAGAACAUAAGGAUUUGGUGUCUCUAGUGAACUCUUUCCAUGAGAAAAUUGUGGUUCUUGAAGAGAAAGCUUCACAGCUGGAAAAAGCAGGCAGUGAGUCCAGCAAGGCCACUAUUAGCAGAUCCACAACCACUGUGUGGCAGCGCUGGGCACGUCUCCGAGCAGUGGCCCAGGACCAGGAGAAGAUUCUGGAAGAUGCUGUGGAUGAAUGGAAGAGCUUUAACAGCAAGGUUAAAAAAGCUACUGAAAAGAUGGAUCAGCUGCAAGACAAACUACCUCAAGGCUCAGCAGAAAAAGCCUCCAAAACAGAACUUGUAAGUUUCCUCGACUCUCAUGACACUUUCCUUCUGGAGCUGGAAGAACAGCAGGCGGCCUUAGGCAUGUUGCAACAACAAGCACUGAACAUGCUCCAGGAUGGGGCUACCCUGUCUGCUGGAGAAGAGCUGCCCUCGCUACAGGAAAUCUCAGCAAUGCAAGAUCGAUGCUUAAACAUGCAGGAGAAAAUAAAGAACAAUGGAAAUUUGGUAAAACAAGAGCUGAAGGAGCGAGAAAUAGUGGAAACUCAAAUCAACUCUGUGAAAUCUUGGGUUUGGGAGACGAAGGAAUAUUUGGAAAAUCCAACAAUAGAAAUAGAUGCUCAACUUAAAGAACUAAAGAUACUUCUCACAGAAGUCACAAAUCACCGGCAGAAAAUUGAGAAGAUGGCUGAAGAGCAGAAGAACAAGUACCUUGAUCUGAACAUAAUACUACCUGCUGAACUUUCCCUCCAGCUUGCUGAAGUGGCAUUGGAUCUAGGAACCAUCCACGACCAGAUCCAAAGCAAAGUAAAAGAAGUUGAGCAGAGCAAGGCAAAAAGCCAGCAAUUCAACCUACAAAUACAGAAGAUAGCCAAAGAUCUCACAGUUAUUCUAACAAAGCUGAGAGCAAAGACUAAUGAUUUAGAUCAAGCUAAAACUGACCAAAAGGUGCUAAGAGAGGAGCUGGAUGGCUGUAACCUAAAACUAAUGGAAUUAGAGGAAGCAGUGCAGAAAUUCUCAGAAGAGAAUAACCAGCUGGCCAAACCACUGGCCAAAAAGCUAGAAAAAGUGAUGGAACUUCACCAGCAAACCAUUAGGCAGGCUGAAAACCAGACCUCUAAGCUCAAUCAGGCCACAUCCUAUUUGGAAGAUUACAAUGGCAUGCUCAAGUUAAUUUUGAAGUGGACUGAAAAAGCUAAAGUCUUAGUACAUGGAAAGAUUGCAUGGAAUUCUGCAAGCCAACUUCGGGAACAAUAUGUUUCACACCAGACCCUGCUGGAAAAAUCAGAGGAAAUUCAUGGUGACCUGGAAGCAAUGGCUGAGAAAAUCCAGUACCUUGCCAGCGUGUACUACACAGAAAAACUGUCUCAGCAAGUGGCAGAACUAGGACGAGAAACCAGAGAGUUACUGCAGUUGCUGAAAACUCGCCUGCAGAGCCUCCAAGAUGCUGCCAAGGAUAUGAAAAUUUUUGAAAUUGAGCUUAAAAACUUACAAGCUGCUUUAGAGCAAGCUCAGACAACCCUGACUUCCCCAGAAGUAGGUCGUCUUAGUCUCAAGGAGCAACUAUCUCAUCGACAGCACUUGCUGUCUGAGAUGGAAUCGCUCAAGCCCAAGGUCCAGGCUGUACAGCUGUGCCAGAGUGCACUGCGGAUCCCCGAAGACGUGGUCACCAACCUGCCCCUCUGCCAUGCAGCCCUGCACCUGCAGGAGGAGGCCAGCCGGCUGCAACACUCAGCCAUCCAGCAAUGCAACAUCAUGCAGGAGGCUGUGGUACAGUAUGAACAAUAUGAACAAGAAAUGCAGCACCUCCAAGAACUUAUAGAAGGUGCUCACAGAGAGAUUGAAGAGAAUCCUGCAGCCACCAGUAAUAUCCAGGAGUUGCAAUCCCAGAUUUCUCGGCAUGAGGAGCUGGCGCAGAAAAUCAGGGGCUACCAGGACGAGAUCGCCUCCCUCAACUCCAAGUGCAAGAUGCUGACGAUGAAAGCCAAGCACGCCACCAUGCUGCUGACGGUGACCGAGGUGGAGGGGCUGGCCCCGGGCGCAGAGGACCUGGCCGGGGAGCUCCUCCCCGCGCCAUCCACCCACCCUUCGGUGGUCAUGAUGACUGCAGGUCGCUGUCACACUCUGCUGUCACCUGUCAAUGAGGAGUCUGGGGAGGAGGGAAGCAACAGUGAGAUUUCUUCUCCACCUGCCUGUCGCUCCCCUUCACCUGUGGCUAAUCCAGAAGCUUCUGUUAAUCAGGACUUCUACGAGCCAGGACUGGAACCGGCUGCCACCACUAAGCUGGAUGACUUGCAGCGAUCCUGGGAAACCUUAAAGAACGUGAUCAGCGAGAAGCAGCGGACACUCUAUGAGGCACUGGAGCGCCAGCAGAAGUACCAGGACUCCCUCCAGUUCAUCUCUUCCAAAAUGGAAACAAUGGAAAUGAAGCUCAGUGAGAGCCUGGAGCGCAGCAGAAGUCCCGAGAGCCAGAUGGCCGACCAUCAGGCGCUGAUGGAUGAAAUCCUCAUGCUCCAGGAAGAGAUCAGUGAGCUGCAGUCCUCUCUGGCCGAGGAGCUGGUGACUGAGUGCCCAGAGUCAGACCCCGCCGAGCAGCUGGCCCUGCAAUCCACGCUGACCGUCUUGGCAGAACGCAUGUCCACCAUCAAGAUGAAGGCAUCGGGGAAGCAACAGCUCUUGGAGGAGAAGCUGAAUGAGCAGCUGGAGGAGCAGAGACAGGAACAGGCCCUGCAGAAAUACCUUUGUGAGGCUGACAAACUGGACCACUGGCUACUGAACACAAAAGCCACCCUGGAUACAACACUGGCCACUGCCACGGAGCCCAUGGACAUGGAGGCCCAGUUGGUGGACUGCCAGAACAUGUUGGUGGUAAUCGAGCAGAAGGUAGCGGCGCUCUCGGAGCUAUCAGUGCACAAUGAAAACUUGCUGCUGGAGGGCAAAGCCCACACCAAGGAUGAGGCCGAACAGCUGGCACUGAAGUUGCGUGGCCUCAAGUGUAGCCUCCAGGAGCUGCAGCGCGCACUGCAUGACAAACAGCUCAGCAUGCAGCAGGGAACUUCACAAGAGAAAGAGGAGAAGGAAGCUGAUCUUGCUGCCACCCAGUGCCCCAGUGUCCAGGAAUGGUUGGCCCAAGCCCGAACCACAUGGACCCACCAGCGUGAGAACAGCCUUCAGCAACAAAAAGAGUUGGAACAAGAAUUAGCAGAACAGAAGAACCUCUUGAGGUCAGUAGCCAGCCACGGGGAGGAAAUUCUAACCCAACACUCAGCCGCAGAGACUUCUGGUAGCACUGGAGAAAAGCCUGAUGUGUUGUCCCAGGAGUUGAGGAUUGAAGGAGAGAAGUCACCCACUGAAGACAAGAUGAGAAUGAAAUGGGAAAGUCUACAUCAAGAGUUUAGCACAAAGCAGAAAUUACUGCAGAAUGUUCUGGAACAGGAGCAGGAACAAAUGCUGUACAGCAGGCCAAAUCGGCUCCUGUCAGGGGUACCACUGUACAAAGGGGAUGGGCAGCCCCAAGAUAAGUCUGCAGUGACAUCUUUGCUGGAUGGAUUGAAUCAGGUCUUCGAGGAGGUUUCUUCCCAGAAUGGAGGGACAAAGAAGCAAAAUAUUCAACUGGAACAGAAGUUAUAUGAUGGUGUUUCAGCCACCUCUACUUGGUUGGAUGAUGUUGAGGAACAGUUGUUUGUUGCUUCUUUACCAGAAGAAACAGAAACUUGCCUUUCUACUCAAGAGACUCUUGCCAAAGAUAUUAAGGAAAUGUCUGAAGAAAUGGAUAAGAACAAAAACUUGUUUUCUCAAGCAUUUCCAGAGAAUGGAGAUAAUCGUGAUGUCAUUGAAAACACUUUGGGCUGUCUUGUGGACAGACUGUCCUUGCUGGACUCAGUAGUAAACCAGCGAUGUCUUCAGAUGAAGGAAAGACUCCAGCACAUACUCAAUUUUCAGAAUGACCUGAAGGUGCUGUUUACAUCUCUGGCUGACAACAAAUACAUUAUUCUGCAGAAACUGGCAAAUGUGUUGGAACAACCUGUGGGUGAACAAAUUGAGGCAAUCCAGCAGGCAGAAGAUGGGCUGAAGGAACUAGAUGCAGGAAUCAUUGAGUUAAAGAGGCGAAGUGACAAGUUACAGAUUGAGCAGCCUUCUCUGCAAGAACUCUCCAAGCUCCAGGACAUGUACGAUGAGCUGAUGAUGACCAUUGGCUCCCGGCGGGCUGCUCUGAACCAGAACCUUGCCCUCAAGAGUCAGUAUGAAAAGACCCUGCAGGAUCUAGCUGACCUACUGGAGACGGGUCGCGAGAAGAUGGCAGGAGACCAGAAAGUUAUUGUGUCUUCCAGAGAGGAAAUCCAACAGCUUCUUGACAAACAUAAGGAAUACUUUCAGGGGCUGGAGUCUCACAUGAUCUUGACGGAAACUCUCUUCAGGAAGAUAAUCAGCUUUGCAGCCCCGCAAGAAAUUCAAUCCCAUGCAGAGCUUAUGGACCAGGCUUCCUCGGUGCUAAAAAGAGCUCACAAGAGGGGUGUGGAGCUGGAGUACAUUCUAGAGACCUGGUCCCAGGUGGAGGAGGGGCAUCAGGAACUGAGCUGUCAGCUGGAGGUGGUGGAAAGCAGCACCCCAAGUGUGGGUUUGGUGGAGGAGAGAGAGGACAGACUCGUAGACAGAAUCGCUCUCUACCAGCACUUGAAAGCCAGCCUUAAUGAAGACCAGCCUAAACUAUACCAGAUAUUAGAUGAUGGGAAGAGACUUCUGAUCUCUGUUAGCUGCUCAGAGCUAGAAAGUCAGCUCAAUCAACUUGGAGAGCGCUGGUUAAAUAAUACCAACAAGGUGUCCAAGGAGCUCCACAGAUUGGAGACAAUAUUGAAACAUUGGACCAGGUAUCAAAGUGAAUCUGCAGAACUCAUUCACUGGUUGCAAUUUGCAAAAGACAGACUAGAGUUUUGGACUCAGCAAUCAGUCACAGUCCCGCAAGAACUGGAAAUGGUGCGUGACCACCUGAAUGCUUUCUUGGAGUUUUCCAAAGAAGUAGAUGCCAAAUCUGCCCUGAAGUCAUCAGUCCUGAGCACUGGAAACCAGCUUCUUCGAUUAAAGAAAGUCGACACGGCUACCCUGCGUUCAGAGCUAUCCCACAUUGAUACUCAGUGGUCAGACUUGCUGACGAAUAUUCCAGCAGUACAGGAGAAGCUGCAUCAGCUUCAGAUGGAUAAGCUACCUUCUCGUCAUGCUAUUUCUGAAGUCAUGACUUGGAUUUCUCUCAUGGAAAAUGUUAUUCAAAAGGAUGAAGACAAUAUAAAAAAUUCCAUAGGUCACAAGGCAAUUCAUGAAUACCUUCAGAAAUACAAGGGUUUUAAGAUCGACAUUAAUUGUAAACAGUUGACAGUGGACUUUGUCAACCAGUCUGUACUACAAAUCAGCAGUCAGGAUGUGGAAAGUAAACGCAGUGACAAGACAGAUUUUGCCGAGCAACUUGGAGCCAUGAAUAAAAGUUGGCAAAUUCUGCAGGGUCUGGUAGCUGAGAAGAUCCAGCUGCUGGAAGGCUUGUUGGAAUCUUGGUCCGAAUAUGAAAAUAAUGUACAAUGUCUGAAAAUGUGGUUUGAAACCCAGGAAAAAAGACUGAAACAGCAACAGCGAAUUGGCGAUCAGGCUGCAGUGCAGAAUGCAAUGAAGGACUGCCAGGAUCUGGAAGAUGUGGUUAAGUCAAAAGAAAAAGAGCUGGAGAAAGUUGAACAGAAUGGACUUGCUCUGAUUCAGAAUAAGAAGGAGGAAGUGUCUGGUGCUGUACUGAGCACGUUAAAAGAGCUUCGCCAGACCUGGACCACUUUGAACCUCAAGGUUGGGAAGUUGAGGGCACUGCUGGAGUCAGUGCUUGAACAUUGGAGCAAGCACAAGGCGACCUUUGAUGAGACUGUCAGCACCCUCACAGAGGCCAGGUACUCGCUGUCCCGUUUCCGGCUGCUCACUGGCUCUUUGGAAGCAGUGCAAUCACAGGUUGAUAAUCUUCAGACUCUUCAAGAUGAUCUAGAAAAGCAAGAAAGUUAUCUACAAAAAUUUGCCUCUGUUACCAACCAACUCCUAAAAGAGUGCCACCCUCCUGUGACAGAGACUCUUACAAAUACCCUGAAAGACAUCAAUAUGAGGUGGAAUAACUUGCUGGAAGAGAUCGCCAAGCAGCUACAUUCCAGCAAGGCUCUCCUGCAGCUCUGGCAGAGGUACAAGGACUAUUCCAAGCAGUGUGCUGCCUUGGUUCAGCAGCAGGAUGAACGCACUCAUGAGUUCCUGAAGGCAGCCUCCAGCAAGGAUAUCACUGAUGACGAAGUGGCCACAUGGAUUCAAGAUUGUCAUGACCUCCUCAGAGGACUUGGGACAGUGAAGGAUUCUCUCUAUGUCCUCCAUGAACUGGGAGAGAAGCUCAAGAAGCAAAUGGACUCUUCAGCAGCCUCGGCCAUCCAAUCUGAUCAACUCUCUUUGAGUCAACACUUAGGCACCUUGGAGCAGGCUCUUUGUAAACAGCAGGCUGCCCUGCAGACUGGAGUUCUUGACUACAAAUCAUUUACCAAGAGUUUGGAAGGUUUGGAGACCUGGAUAGUGGAAGCAGAGGGAAUACUCCAAGAACAAGACCCAAGCCACUCCUCGGAUCUCUCAGCCAUCCAGGAAAGGAUGGAGGAGCUGAAGGGACAGAUGUUAAAAUUCAGCAGCAUGGCACCAGACUUAGACCGUCUAAAUGAGCUGGGAUAUAGAUUACCCUUGAAUGACAAGGAAAUCAAAAGGAUGCAGAAUCUCAACCGGCACUGGUCUCUAAUCUCUUCUCAGAUGACAGAAAGAUUCAGUAAGUUGCAGUCAUUUCUACUGCAACAUCAAACUUUCUUGGAGAAAUGUGAGACAUGGAUGGAGUUCUUGGUUCAAACAGAACAGAAGUUAGCAGUAGGAAUUUCAGGAAACUAUCAGCAUCUUUUGGAGCAGCAGAGAGCACAUGAGUUAUUUCAAGCAGAGAUGUUCAGUCAUCAGCAGAUUUUGCACUCGAUUAUUAUUGAUGGGCAGCGUCUCCUCGAACAAGGUCAAGUUGAUGACAGGGAUGAAUUCAGCCGGAAGCUAACACUUCUCAGUAACCAGUGGCAGGGAGUGAUCCGCAGGGCCCAGCAGCGGAGAGGCAUCAUUGACAGUCAGAUCCGCCAGUGGCAGCGCUAUAAAGAAAUGUCAGAAAAGCUUCGGAAAUGGCUAGCAGAAGUGUCCUCCCUUCCCCUGAGCGGUCUUGGGGAUGUUCCCAUACCACUUCAACAUGCACGAACCCUUUUUGAUGAAGUUCAGUUCAAAGAAAAAGUGUUCCAGCGACAACAAGGGAGCUACAUCCUCACGGUGGAAGCUGCCAAGCUGCUUCUACUCUCAGCUGACAGCGGUGCGGAGGCCACCCUGCAGACAGAACUUACUGAAAUCCAAGAGACCUGGAGGUCAGCCAGCCUGCGUCUGGAGGAGCAAAAGAAAAAGCUGGCCUUCUUGUUGAAAGACUGGGAAAAAUGUGAGAAGGGAAUAGCUGAUUCUUUGGGAAAACUAAGAAUGUUCAAAAAGAAGCUUUCCCAGCCUUUGCCAGACCACCACGAAGAGCUUCAUGCAGAGCAGAUGCGAUGCAAGGAACUGGAAAGUGCAGUUGGGAGUUGGACAGAUGAUUUGGUGCAGCUGACACUGCUGAAGGAGACCCUUCGUGCCUUCAUCAGUGCCGAGGAUAUCGCCAUCCUCAACGAGCGGAUGGAGCUUCUGCAGAGACAGUGGGAGGAACUGUGCCAUCAGCUCUCCUUAAGGCGACAGCAAGUAAGCGAGAGAUUGAACGAAUGGGCAGUCUUCAGUGAAAAGAAUAAAGAGCUUUGCGAAUGGCUGACACAGAUGGAAAGCAAAGUUUCCCAGAACGGAGAUAUUCUCAUUGAGGAUAUGAUAGAGAAGCUGAAAAAGGAUUAUCAAGAGGAAAUUGCUAUUGCCCAAGAGAACAAAAUACAGCUCCAGCAAAUGGGAGAACGACUGGCUAAAGCCAGCCAUGAAAGCAAGGCCUCUGAGAUUGAAUACAAGCUGGGAAAAGUCAAUGAUCGCUGGCAGCAUCUCCUGGAUCUAAUGGCGGCCAGGAUAAAGAAACUGAAGGAGACACUAGUGGCCGUCCAGCAGCUCGAUAAGAACAUGAGCAGCUUGAGGACAUGGCUGGCUCACAUUGAAUCAGAGCUGGCCAAGCCGAUUGUCUACAAUUCCUGUGACUCAGAAGAGAUCCAGAAGAAGCUAAAUGAGCAGCAGGACCUUCAGAGAGACAUAGAGAAGCACAGCACAGGUGUGGCCUCUGUCCUCAACCUGUGUGAGGUCCUUCUGCAUGACUGUGAUGCUUGUGCCACAGACGCAGAGUGUGACUCCAUCCAGCAAGCAACUCGGAACCUGGAUCGGCGCUGGAGAAACAUCUGCGCUAUGUCUAUGGAACGAAGGCUCAAAAUUGAAGAGACCUGGCGAUUGUGGCAGAAAUUUCUGGAUGACUAUUCUCGUUUUGAAGAUUGGCUGAAGAUUUCUGAAAGGACAGCUGCCUUCCCCAGCACUUCGGGGGUGCUCUAUACAGUUGCCAAGGAAGAACUAAAGAAAUUUGAGGCUUUCCAGCGCCAGGUCCAUGAGAGCCUGACUCAGUUAGAACUCAUCAACAAGCAGUACCGACGCCUGGCCCGUGAGAACCGCACUGACUCUGCCUCCAGCCUGAAGCAGAUGGUUCACGAAGGCAACCAGAGAUGGGACAACCUGCAGAAGCGAAUAACCUCCAUCCUGCGCAGACUCAAGCACUUCAUUGGUCAACGUGAGGAGUUUGAGACAGCCCGGGACAGCAUUCUGGUGUGGUUGACUGAGAUGGAUCUGCAGCUCACAAACAUUGAACAUUUUUCUGAGUGUGACGUACAAGCUAAAAUAAAGCAACUCAAGGCCUUCCAACAGGAAAUUUCAUUGAAUCACAAUAAGAUUGAACAGAUUAUUGCUCAAGGAGAACAGCUGAUGGAAAAGAGUGAGCCCUUGGAUGCGGCCAUCAUUGAGGAAGAGCUGGACGAGCUUCGGCGCUACUGCCAAGAGGUCUUUGGGCGUGUGGAGAGAUACCACAAGAAGCUGAUUCGCCUGCCUCUCGCAGACGAUGAGCAUGACCUUUCGGACCGCGAGCUGGAGCUGGAUGACUCCGCCGCCCUCUCCGACCUGCACUGGCACCAGACCUCUGCUGACGGUGGGCCGUCCCCCCAGCCUUCCUCCAACCCCUCCCUCUCGCUCGCGCAGCCCCUCCGCAGCGAGCGAUCGGGCCGGGACACCCCCGCCAGUGUGGACUCCAUCCCUCUGGAGUGGGACCAUGACUACGACCUCAGUCGGGACUUGGAGUCAGCCGUGUCCAGAACGCUGCCCUCGGAGGAUGAGGAGGGGUCGGAAGACAAAGACUUCUACCUCCGUGAAGCUGUGGGCUUAACAGAUGUAACGAUUCCUGAAAGUGCCGAGGCCUAUGUAAAACUCACAGAAAAGGCCAUCCAAAGCACCGCGGGAGAUCCGAGCACCUUGGAGUCACAGAUCAGACAGCUGGGGAAGGCCCUGGAUGAGAGCCGUUUUCAGAUGCAACAAACAGAGAAAAUCAUCCGCAGCAAAACGCCUACUGGACCAGAGCUGGACUCCAGCUACCGAGGUUAUAUGAAGCUUCUCGGUGAAUGCAGUGGCAGUAUUGAUUCAGUGAGAAGACUGGAGAACAAGCUGAAGGAAGAGGAGGAGAACUUCCCUGGCUUUGUAAACCUAAACAGCACUGAAACCCAAACAGCUGGUGUGAUUGACCGUUGGGAACUCAUACAGGCCCAGGCCCUGAGCAAGGAGCUGAGGAUGAAGCAGAAUCUCCAGAAAUGGCAACAGUUCAACACUGACCUGAAUAAUAUCUGUGCCUGGCUGGGGGAAAUGGAGGUGGAACUGGAAGAGCUCCAGCAUCUGGGGCUCAGCCCCAACAUCCAGUCCAUCGAGCUGCAAAUAAAAAAGCUCAAGGAACUCCAGAAAGCUGUGGACCACCGCAAAGCCAUCAUCCUCUCCAUCAACCUGUGUAGCCCUGAGUUUACUCGUUCUGGUAGUGAGCAGAGCCAGGAUCUGCAGGAGCGCUUGUCCCGGAUGAAUGGGCGCUGGGACCAUGUGUGUUCACUGUUGGAGGCAUGGCGGGCUCGGCUACAGGAUGCGCUGAUGCAGUGCCAGGAUUUUCAUGAAAUGAGUCAUGGUUUACUUCUGAUGUUGGAGAAUAUUGACAGAAGGAAAAAUGAAAUUGUCCCUUUUGAUUCGAAUCUGGACGCAGAGAUACUCCAGGAGCACCACAAACAGCUGAUGCAAAUCAGGCGGGAGCUGCUGGAGUCCCAGCUCCGAGUGGCCUCACUACAAGACAUGUCUUGCCAACUGUUGGUCAAUGCUGAAGGCACAGAUUGUCUGGAAGCCAAAGAAAAAGUCCAUGUUAUUGGAAACAGACUCAAACUUCUCUUGAAGGAGGUCAGUCGUCAUAUCAAGGAGCUAGAGCGGCUCUUAGACUUGACAAGCAGUCAGCAGGAUUUGUCUUCCUGGUCCUCUGCUGAUGAGCUGGACACAUCAGGAUCCGUGAGCCCCACAUCUGGGAGGAGCACCCCAAAUCGACAGAGAACGCCACGAGGCAAAUGUAGUCUCUCACAGCCUGGACCCUCUGUCAACAGUCCACAUAGCAGGUCCAGAAAAAGUGGCUUCGAUUCCUCCCUUUCUGAGCCCAGGUCAGCUCACUCCGGCAGAAGCUUCCUGUACAGGGUCCUCAGAGCAGCCCUUCCUCUGCAGCUUCUCCUGCUGCUACUCAUUGGGCUCACCUGCCUGGUCCCCAUGUCUGAGGAGGACUACAGCUGUGCCCUGUCCAACAACUUUGCUCGAUCAUUCUACCCCAUGCUGAGAUACACAAAUGGUCCUCCUCCCCUUUGAAGCCCCAACACCAUUGGCAGCAAUGAUUGUAGAUGAAGAGAUAUGUGGCUAAAUGCAAUCCCAAACUGGCAGAAAGGAAGCAAAGCUUGCCCAAGGUUCACAGUGAUGUGGUGUCAACUCGCCUCCUUGUCCCACCUGGGGCACAGCUGGUUUUGGAGGUAGAUAAUGAACAAAGAUGGGAACAGAGCAAAUCAGCCACAGAAAGUUGGGAAGAUAUUCAGCUUAAACAACUCUGAGCCUCAGCACUGAAGAGAUUCAGGAGGUAUUUCUGGAUCCAACAAUUCCUGGAGAGGUGCUGUCCCACCAUUAAAGAACAACCCGCCCCAGCCCCCAAGACAUUUCUAAGGAGCCUUCUUUCAGCCCACAAGUGCUGAAGAGAUUUUCAAUCCUUGUAACAUACAAUUUUUAAGAGUAUAGAAAAGCGUUUCCUUUUUAACUUCUUUUCUUUUGGGGCAUGAUAUUGUCACCUUUGCUUUUAGAAGCACAAGCUGUAAAUCUAACAAAGCACUUUUUUUUAAAGAAGAUAUAAAGAAAAAUUGGAUGUAAUAAAUAAGAUCAUAAAAGGCUUUAUGUGAAAUAGUUAAUGUUAUAGUAAAAAAGAUAUUUAUGUAUGUACAGUUUGCUAAAGCCAAGUUUUGUUUGUAUUGAUUUAUUUGCAUUUAUUAUAGAUAUUAUAAAAUAAUA